UGUCGCAUCCCUCGCGGCAGAGGCCAUGUCUUUGGUCGAUGCUGACGGCGCUGCCGAGGUGGAAAAUGCUUGUUUACAUCCCCUGCUGGAAGCCAAAACCCCUCGGGAGCUUGCGCUGCUUGUGAAGCACUACCGCCUCCUGCAGGGAGCAAAAGCAGCGGAGACUACGCUGACGGUGACAGGAAGAGGGGCCAACGAUGGAAUUUCUCCUCCCGGUUGGGACUUGUCCCAGCUUUACGUAGGAGAUCGAAUCGGGAAGGACUCGUUCUUGAGGGUUGUCGUAGAGGCCAUCUUGUUGGGGUACGAAGAAGGCCAAGACGAUGACGAAAGCGAAGAUCUCGACGAUGAGGAUGUCGACUGCGACGACGCUGACCACGAUUGGGACGACUACGACGACGGAGACGGUUACGAAAGAAGCUUCAGCAAGCCGCAUCAAAGAACAAAACGACGACGCUUUCCUCGUGCCCACAUCCGAUCCCGCCCGUCCCCGCGAUGGAGCAAGAAAAAACCCUUUGCCGCUGGUUCCGCGACCGUGCGCAUGCGCCACCCAUCGUCGGGCACCAUUUUUUCAUGGAAAACGUCCGGGGUUAAGGAUACGAGCGGCGCAGAGCUGCAUGAGGGGGCGUCGUACCGGCUGGUGGCCACGGUAGCAGAGGCGCUGGCAGUAGGCGGGACGAAAGGACCGGGCGAGAUUGGGGUAACGAGAUGUCGGCUCACACUGGUGACGGCCGCUGCGUCUGGCAACCGCCGAUAGGUUAGGGUUUGCGAAAGCGUGGA